AUGACAGAUCUCCAACACUCUCUACCAGCAUGUCUCCCUCAUCCUCGAUUGAAUUAUCGCAAUUAUUUUUGUACAUCAUCUAACUGUCAAUUCUUCGCUAUCUUUAGAACCUUCAUCCGCCGUAAUGCGGUCUUCCUGACCACCAUCUUCGCCGGUGCUUUCGCUUUCGAGCUUACCUACGAUACCGCCUCAAACAAGAUCUGGGACAGCAUUAACGCUGGCCGCCAAUGGAAGGAUAUUAAGUACAAGUACAUCCAGCAGGCCGAGGAGGAUGACGAGUAA